CUGGUGACCAAAGUCUACUACUAGACCAAAUGGCCUUUUCCAUUCUCUCGCAAAUUGCAUUCCGUUUCUUGUUCUGUCCCUUCUAAGUUCAAGCAUGUAUGGUUGGAGUUCCUCUUCAAUGGCAGAAAGCUUGAACAUGGAAGCAAUCUCACAAAACAAUUCCCCGUCAACUCCAUUUCCUCCUACCCCUCUCCAGUUGUCCGGAUUUCUCAACGGUGAUACCAUUCAAGUAGAGGGUGAAACAGGGGAUUUGCAAUUCUCUAUGAAAUUCAAUGUCCAAACCAAACAUGCUUCCAAGGACAACUUCCAUUUUCCACAUACAAAUUCACUUGAGAAUAUUUACACUCGUCAAGAUUCAAGUUUCGGUUCCUUCACAACUCCUAACAGUACUCAUAAAGUAGAAGAACGAAGUGCAGAAACAGAGCCAUUAAUGGUCCUUGAGAAUCAGGGAACCGAAGAGACUGCAAAAUCUGAUGCAACCAAGAGGGAUGUCAUAAUGACAAGGCUAAAAAGUGGGGUUAUGUCUCCAGUGAAGUAUUUUCCUCGAGCUUUCGUCAAUGAACACGGGGAUUCAAGGUAUUCUAGCAAAGUUAAACCGAAGAAGAAAAGAAGAGUUAAGAGGGAGGUCGUACUAGAGAAGAUGAUUCAGAGGCAUAGUUUCCCUGUAAGGCCUUGCAGUUCUUAUGCUUUCUUUGUGGUGGCCACUUGGGGUUUGGUCGAGUCCUCUUCCUUUGGUGAAGCAAGCAAGAAACUGAGUCAGAUGUGGUGCAAAUUGCCGUGCAGGGACAAGAAGAUAUACAAGGACAUGGCUGUCAAGGAUAGCACAAGAUAUAAGCGGCAAUGCAUGCUUUUAAAGAGCCAACAUCAGAAUGCCAAGUAGCAGAACUAUGCAUAUGCAGCAAAGCUAUAAACAGCAAGAUGGGUACCACAAGACAAUUUUUGUGAACUUCAUGAAGUUUGAUUUCAUGUGUGCAGUUAGAAAAUGCUAUUUACUUCAUUUUUCCCUUCUCCUUUACAUGAAUAUAAAUAGUUUUCUUGA